CGAUUUGGUGGUAGGUAGUUGGGAAUUCCAUCAUUGUGUAGUUUUGCUGAGAGAGAGAGAGAGAGAGAGAGAUGAGUAGUUACCGGGGAAGACGUGGACGAGGUUAUCGUGAUCGCGAAUUGGAGUUUGAAACAAGUAGAGAAGUAAAGGCAAUUCCUUCUUUUGAAGAGUUGGGACUUAAGAAGGAAUUGCUUCGUGGCAUUUACAGUUAUGGUUUUGAGAGACCUUCGGCCAUUCAACAAAGAGCUUUGGCACCUGCUUUGAAAGGUAGGGAUGUAAUAGCUCAAGCUCAAUCCGGCACCGGCAAAACCGCCAUGUUAUCCGUAAUUGCUCUGAACAGUGUUGAUAUUAAGACACGAGAGGUGCAAGUACUGAUUCUUUCCCCUACACGUGAGUUGGCACAGCAGACUCAACACACACUCUUGUCUCUUGGAGAAUUUAUGAACGUCCAGUGUCAUGCUUGUAUUGGAGGGAAGAAUCUAGGAGAGGACAUUCGCACGUUGGAUUAUGGUGUUCACGUCGUUUCCGGUACUCCUGGGAGAGUUUUCGACAUGAUCCAGCGUCGAAAUUUGCGUACUCGGUCGCUUCGUUUAUUUAUUAUUGACGAAGCCGAUGAAAUGCUGUCGAGAGGGUUUAAAGAACAAAUCUAUGAAGUAUAUCGUCAUUUACCUCCAUCGAUUCAAGUUAUUCUAGUUUCUGCUACGUUGCCACACGACGUUUUAGAGAUGACCUCAAAGUUUAUGACGGACCCUGUCAGGAUAUUGGUAAAGCGGGAUGAGUUGACCUUGGAAGGUAUCAAGCAAUUUUUUGUGGCUGUUGAGAAGGAGGAAUGGAAGUUUGACACAUUAUGUGACUUGUACGAAACACUUACAAUCACCCAAGCCGUUAUUUUCUGCAACUCGAAGCGCAAAGUGGACUGGCUGACGUCAAAAUUACGAGAGAACAACUUUACGGUUUCGUCUAUGCAUGGAGAUAUGAAACAGAGUGAAAGAGACGCUGUUAUGGCCGAGUUUCGUAGUGGCAAGUCAAGAGUUCUUAUAGCUACAGAUAUUUGGGCGAGAGGUAUCGACGUGCAACAAGUUUCUUUGGUAAUCAAUUAUGAUAUUCCAUUAAACAGAGAAAACUAUAUUCACCGAAUUGGUCGGUCGGGGCGCUUUGGACGUCGAGGAGUUGCUAUUAAUUUCGUUACGAAUGAAGAUGUUGCUAUGUUGAGAGAUAUCGAACAGUUUUAUAGUACUCAAAUCGAUGAAAUGCCAAUGAACGUUGCUGAUUUAGUAUAAUGAUGUUGACAAGAAGUUUUCCA